GUGACAUCCAUACCGAAGUUAUGUUUUAACAUUUCUACCAAGAAGGUCAACAUAUGAGGUAGGUCUUUAGUAUUCUAAUCCAAGGUGCUGACAGUUUCUGGACUCGAGCAUCAUGGGAACAAUUCAAUUGUUUCUGUUUUGUUUCAUUUCUCUGAAUCAGAUUUCCAACGUAUAUUCCAAGACAAUGUCUUCCAGAGAGUUGAAAGACCUUCUCGCCUCAUUGAGGGCUGACUCUCAGACGUCCAACUUUCUCCUCACUUACUACGACGCCUUGAACACCACCGGCACCCCUCUUCUCGACUUCCAGGACAUCGCCCCGGUCUACAAAGCCAUGGACAAAAUAGCGCUGACAUUUGUCACGGUUGGACAGAUAUCUAGGUCAGAUUACAUGGAAAGUGUGAGAUCCGCUGAUGCAAAAGUCCGAGCCGCGGUGGAGAAGCUGUACGGCCUGUUCGACAAGGACAAGAACAAUGUGAUCGACCACGAGGAGCUGGAAUUAACGCUGAGGCCGAGGGUCGUCUUCUUCUACGUUGACCUCCUCAUCCUGGGCGCAGACCUGGACGGCGACAAGAGGGUCACUGAGGACGAGUACAAGAGGCACAUCGCCACGGCGGACUACGUGACAGGUGACGCCCACAAGGCGUUUCUGGAAGGCAACUUCAACUUCGCCGACCUUGACGAUAACACGGUGCUGGAAAUGAAGGACCUCCAGAUCCUCUUCCCACAUGACAGCCCGAAAUAGAAUUACAGUAAAACAAGCUUAACUCAAAACAGUGAGAGAAAGAAAAAAAAGCUUCUCAAAUAACGCCAGAGAUUAAAGAUUAAUUUCUACAACUUCUUUGUGUAAAUAUAGUAAAUUAUAAAAUAAUUAAUCAUAAUAAAAGACGAUAUUGAGCUAUU